GGCCCAGGGCGGGGCUGGAUGCCAGCGCACGCGGACGGUGGGCGGCCGGGGUCCUUCCUCGCCUGCCCGCGCACAGACUCCCGCCGCGCCUCGCGCGCGCGCUGGCGCGCCGCCUGGUGCAGCGGCUCGACGUGGACCGCCUGAGCUACGAGGAGCUGCUGGUGCUGUUCCCCGGCAACGGCCGCAGCCGGCCCAUACCCUCGCCGGAGGAGCUGGCGCGGCUCCCCACGCGCAGGGCGACCCACCGCGAGGUGGGCGCCGGCGAGGGCGCGGCCCUGAAGGAGGGCAUCGACCACAAGUGCGCCGUCUGCUACGAGAACUACCAGCUCGGGGAGGAGCUGAAGACGCUCCCGUGCCUGCACGUCUACCACGCGGCGUGCAUCGAUCGGUGGCUGCAGAGCGAGAUCCCCGGCGCCGUGUCCUGCCCCGUGUGCCACACGGAGGUGUUCUGA